GCCGUCACUACCCUGAAACAAAACGGGGUACGCGAACCAACAGGUGAUGAGGGAGACACUCCCUCGUACAACAUCCCCAGGAUAACUCGUUGUCUGUUAGCCACUAAUACCAAUAUAACGCUACACAUACUGCACUUUGUUGUCAGAGUAAAAACGCGAGACCCGAUUCAAGUGCAGUUCAUCAAUCCCGCCAUUAUUUUCUCCGAUUUAUCAUCCUACGAAUCUCAUAUUUUUUUACUACCUGAUGCUUCUUCGUCAUUUUUAAGCGUGUCUCCGAACAAAAACAAAGAAUCGUUACCGAUUAAUAAUGUAUCGAACUAAAUUAAUAAUCGAAUAAAUUUUCAAUAAUUUAAAACGAACAAAAGCGAGUAGUGCUUAGUUUGUGAUUUCUGUUUUGAAGUAGUUAUUGAAAUUUUUGUUCUCUUUUUUUGUGAAUCAAGGUGCAAUCCAUUAUGGUUUUUCUUAUCAAAGUUAUAUUUUUACGUGGUGACAAAAUAACGUGAUGAGAAACAAAUCAAGUAAUGGUGUUUAAUUACUAUGCAAACAAUCAUCUUGACUAUUUGCAGAUAUGCAAACUUGAAGAUCGCCUAUGAAUAUUAAUUUAUUUGUUUUGUUACACUGGCAUCAAAUUAUUAUUUGCAUUCAAUCAUACUCUCAAAUUAUUCUUAUUUAUUGCAUAAAAAACGGCGACAAUCCACAAAUUAUUGAAAUACGCAUGUCACAACUGAAGUUAUGAUGACAAAAUACAUAAUAAGGAUGAAAAAAUAAAUAAUCGUAACGAGAAUGAUAACUAAGAAAGUGCAAUGAUUCGACUUUCUAAUAUUAAUAAUAGAACUUCGAUCUAUACAGUUGUGUUAAACGUAAAAGUAUAAUCUGCAUGAGGGAAAAAAAGGAAAAUCAAAAUCAAAUAUAAGAGUAGUACAUUUAUUACCGAUAAUUAUACCGUAUACAAAUCAUAAAACAUGUGAUAAGUUUUCAAUUUUGUUCAUAAUAUAAUAACGUAAAAUUUGAAACGACCGUUCAAGCUUAGGUCACAAACGUAAUUUCAAAGGAAUAUAAACGCAAUGCCCCAAGGAUCAGGAGUUUAUUGGCAGGGAACUCAAAGAAGAGCUUGUGCUCCCGGUGCACAGUGGAAUGUACAGGUUGUUAGAGGAAAGGUAACGACACGCUGUUUAUGGCACGCUUGCAAAGCUCUUGGCAUCGGACUUUUACUGAUGCUAUUGGGAGCUUGCAUGGCAACAAUCGGAUAUUAUGCGGACCAGCUCUCAAUGGCGCAGGAAAUCCGAGGGAACUUGACGGUCCGAGUGAAAAAUGAGUCGCGAGGUUUUCACUUGAACAAUUUGAGCUACGCUGGACCGAUCGUUAUGGGAGUUGGAGGUUUUAUCGUUGUCGCCGCCUGCGUGAUGACGUUUGAGGCCCGCGAUAGUGCCGCAAAAGUAGUGCCAGCUCGUUUCCGUUUCAACCAGAAUACGCCUUGCAAAAAUAGCAAACAGCGAAGUCGGCGUUCAACAUCGUGUCAGACGACCAGGUGGGACCAUCAAUUGGGCCUAUUCCGUGUUCAUCGGAGUCCGAGUCCCUCGACGCACGAAGUAUCGAGAAAACAGUUAACAGCCGAGCUGAUGCAGUUUUCGAAACAUCUACAAGACAAAAACAACUCGCAGUCAUUGAAGAAGAGUCCCAGUGCCCCGAAUCUUGUGCUCAAAAAUUCGCCGAGAAGAAAAACCAAUCGGUACACCGGAUGCGCACUUUUGAACGCAGAACUUCUGAAGAGACACGCUAUGUCGGUGGACAACGCCGGUUAUAAUCCGCACAUAAGUAGCAGGGAAAGUUUGGAGUAUAAUAAAAUAUCAGAAAGUCAAGUUUCGAUGGCUAUGGAUCUCCACAUUCCGAACAAAGGGCCCGUUACCCUAAAAAUAAAGGACCGCUCGGACACCGCUCAAAGACAUCAGCUAUUGAGGCAAACGAAGAUCGACGACGACGCGGAAGUAGAUAUUCGAAAAGGAUCGGUGGCGCCGAUCCACCUUGGAAAAUUUCAAGGAUUCAAAUAUCCCGACGAUUUUAUAUCCCGGAAAAGGAACUCCAUAGAUAUAAGAAUGCUCGAGGAGCUCGAGUUCAAAAGAAGUCCCAAAGAUUUUAGGAAAAUCUCGUCGCCAAAUUUUCGUAAAAUGUCGCUGGAUCGAAUCGGCGGCGAUAUUAGAAAAGUCGACAGGACACCGGUGGGCUAUAGAAAAGCGAGUUUGGACUGCAAAAAAUCUCCUGAUUUUCGUAAAAAGGAUUACAGGAAAUGUACUAGCGACAAAUAUGCCGUCGAUAAUUGUAGCGGCGGUUGUACACCUAGUGCGGUUCACGGUCAAAUGGGUCUGGAACCGGAAUUUCGACCCCGUGCCGAUACAGCAGAAACCGGACGUAGAUACCGACACGGUAAAUUGUACCAUUCAAGAUCAGACGAUAACAGGAGACGGUCCUUCGAUAAGCACUACAGGAGCGAUUCUCAAUGUAGCAGAUUUUCGCUCAAUACGCAAACCCAGCCGGUACCCGAAGGGCUGGAGAAAUAUGAACUGAAAUAUUUUACCACAACUUCCCUCGAUACUGACGGUAGUCGGGGUGAGUUUUCCGACGACAGUCACACCGUCGAUAUCGAAGGAAGUGGAAUUUCAACGGAGGGACCUGCAGAGACUGACGCUUUAUUGGAAGAACCGGAGUUGGAAAACCUCACCGAAGUCGACGUUGAAACUUCUGGAGACGAUAUAGACGCUGUUGACGAAGCGCAGGUUGAAAAAAAAUGUGAUUCAGCAUCCGAAAGAGGAAAGGAAUCAUGCGGCGAAGAUUAGAAUUCGUACGUUGUUAAUUUUUCAUUCUGAAUAUGAACAUCAUAUUCGGCUGACAAUGAAUAUCUUCACAAUUUUCGAAAGCCACCUAGUCUUCUAGAAACGAAGUUUUUUUUGUUUGGACCCUAUUGAAAAAUUAUUCCUUUCCAAUCAAAGCGUAAAUACAUAUUUACCGAAGAACUGCAUAUCGUACUAGCAAUAAAUAUACGAUUUAUAUACAUAUAUACGUUGUUCUAAUUCAUAACAAUUAUUAAUAAUGUACUCAAACUAUAUGGACAAUCAUGAGGCGCAGCGCCCACGCGCGGAUUUUUUUAUUCCUUUUUUUUUUUUUUAUUGAAAAACAUAAUUCAAGACAAUCAAUUGAAGCCAAGCUAACAAUAAGACAUACGUAAUUGACAGGGUUUUUAGUACUGUACCGAGAAAAUCAAAUUCAAUAAUGACGAGGGACGAAAAAAAGCACAGUUGCUAACUGAUGGCUUCAUUUAAAAUCCUUCGAACGCGAUUGCUAUGAAAAAAAAAAAGUAUGUAUAAGUGAAGCGAAAUACCGUGGCUUAGAUGAAUUUUGCUAACACGUACAUACCAAUACCAUAAAAUUAUAUCAAAUCGAUGGAAAAAUUGUACGUUCAGAAUAACGGCGUAUUCGCAUUUAUAUUUUCCAUUUGAGAAAGUUAGAUCUUCCAUACCUGUUUUAUUACUGACUUUUUUCAUUGAACUAUACGGUACUCUGCUCAGUCCCAAUCUUCCCCAUGUACGAAUAUGUGUGUUUGUGAAAUAUUUUUCACAAGUCGUUUUAUAGGCCUACAGAGAGCAAUACUCAUCGUAGUUAUGUAAUUUCUAAUUAAAUUUGGAUAAAGAUAUUUGGGAAAUACGUUGAAUAACGAAUCUAUAUAUCAAUACAUGUAACCACAGUAUAUAUUAUUGUGUUGUAAUCCACGUGAAAAAUGUAACACUAAGACAAUCAUUGAAGGAUCUGCGAAAAAUGAAAAAGAGAAAAAAAAGAAUCAAUAACUUACGUAAUGAUUUAUGACGGUAUAUUAUAUACGAUGAUCAGUAUCAUUGAAAACGUAUUCUGUUGUUGUUCUCUUCGAUCUGUCAUCAAUCAGAAACACCCAUAUAUGCAGGUGGUUUGAAUAACAUCGUUUGUAACGUUAAAUCAUAGUAUGAAAAAAAAAACUAUUCGCAAAACAUACAAAGCAAAGUAAAAAUGAAAAACAUAAAAAUCUGUGAUGAACGUAUAGGUUUUUAUUAUACCCAAUUGUUAUCAUUUAUAUCACUAGCAUUGUUAUCCAUAGAUUAAAUUUCCUUUCUUUUAUAAUGCAAAUGUAGCAUACGUAUCUAUAUUAAAUACUUCCAAUUAGACGAAGUUGUCGGUUUUCUUUCUUCCUGCACAAACUGACAAUAAAAAUUUGAAAACUCACAUUUAAGAAAGAUGACAUGUUGUAAAUUUAUUUUUUAUUAUUACGCCUAUUUCGAAAUUAAACCAACCCUGUGUACGUACGUAUAAGAUAUAUAAUCUGUAUAUAUUAUUUAUAUAAAUGUCUCAAGAUUUUUGUAUGUGAACUCGUGUUACGAUGAAUUAUACCGUAUCGAUAAGGAGAUGUUGUAAAGAAGUAAGAUUUUGAAAAACAAAGCAAACCAAAAAAAAAAAAGAAGAAAAAUUAACCUGUGAUUUAUAUAAUCGUUGCAUGUUGACUGUUGUGAUAUUAAAUAAUUAUUAUACACAUAUGAUUAAAAAUAUAUCAAAAUUUGAAGU